AUUGUUUUCACAUACAUGUUACAUGGUGCAGUGACAACCAAGUGCAGUCAAAGAGAAGGCAAGAUUCAGAAAGGACACGACCCAGCCCACACUUGGAGCCGGCAAGGAAACAAAAUGUCGUACGAGCGUCUCCUGUCUCUCCAGAGUCUGAGUGAGGUUGCCAGUCCCUGGAGGGGGCUGACCCUGAACCGCUGCCUAGUUCUGGCCCUGCAGCUGGUUCUGGUCAGCACAUCCCCUGCAGUUGAAGGUUCAGACCAUCAUAAAGCCCCCUCCUCACUCCACCCUGGAACCCCCAGACGAGGCCCCCUGGAACACAUGCUCUCAGCCUUAAGGGAGGGCUGGCCCCCCCGAGGGGGGCAGGGGGGGCAGGAGGCUCUGGUCCGGUUUGGAGUGUGCCCGGGGUCGGAGGGGAGCCCUGUCGCUGCCCUGGCACGGCUGGUUGGUGCUGGGGACAGACUGCGUGUCAUGCACCCUGAAACAGAGCUGGUGGAGGAGAAGGGAGGAGGAGGGGGAGGACGGCUGGUGUUGACCUUUCACCUCCCCCUUUCUCCGCUCCUGAAGCUGCAUCCUGUCCUCGCCCUGGCUUCCAGUGUUCCCAUGACAACCUCAGACAUGGAGGUCUCCUUCACCAGCCCUGCCCUCCAACCUCCUACACAAACGCUGUGUCUGUCAUCGAAGACCCAGUACCUGGUUCUGACUGGACAGCCCUCAGGGGGCCACAAAUGGAGAGUUUCUGUCACAUUGAUGACACCGGAAACAGAAUCAGGGAAAAAGUUGUCUGAGCUACAAAGUAUUCUGAUUGGUGGAGAAACAUCAAGUGAAAUCAUUAUGACCCCUCUGCUACUGUUAUCAUUGGAUAGAGCGACAGGAAAGAGAGAGCCACCGGAGCCAUGCGGCUUCCUGUGUGAGCUCCAGAGCUUCCUGUCUGAGGUGCUCCCACAGGUGCCCCUCCAGAACUCCGCCCCCUUCCCCCUGGCCUCCCUGAAUUCCCUGCCCCCCCUCCUCCUGGGCCCCUCCUCCAGUGAGGCAUUCCUCCUCGGCCUCAUCAACUCCUCUGGCCCCAUGCUGUUCUCCUUCCCCCAGAGGAGGCCAGUGCUGGGGGGGCAGGGGGGGGAGCUUUCCCUGACCCCCGGCUUGCUGGAGACCCUGAGGCUGCGGCUGGCGGAGGCCGUGGGCCGGCUGGGGUGGGAGGAGCUGGGAUUCAGCGGCAUGGACAGGCUGUUGAGGCUGCAGGAGCUCAGCGCCCUCCCCAGGCCAGGAGAGGAACUGCAUAAAGGUGGGGGUGGCUCCAGAGAGAGGCAGUACCGGGCCCUGCUCCUGCUCAAGGCCCUGCACAUGGUUCAGGGGCAGUGGGAGGUGAAGCGGGGCCUGCGUGUGGCGCGGGCAUCCCCUGAGCAGAGCUCCGUCUGCCAGCUGCAGAGCCUGACCGUAUCCCUAGAAAGCUCCUUCAAGGACCCGCUGCACGCCGACAUCAAAAACUGUGAGGGCAGCUGCCACUUUCCCAUCCUGCAGGGCGUCGACGGCAACGACCAUGUCAUGCUGCUCAACAGCCAGGUGCAGGGAGGGCGGGAGCUGGGACGAAGCCCCUGCUGUGUGCCCCUGGAGUACGGCCCCCUGACAGUGGUUGAGCUGGACGACAACGGAGCCACCAUCAGCAUAAAGGACGACAUGGUGGCCAAGAAGUGUGGCUGUCGCUAAAGAGGAAAAGAGGAGGGUGGAGAGGAGGAGGGUAACCCUUCUUUUUACAGUCCCUUAAUGACUAGGUAUUACGUGGAAAAUAAAGGGUAUGUUUGCUUGCACAAUGUAAUUUUGCGAGUUUGUUAGUUGCUACUUAGUUAAUACAUUUUUGAUGAACGCAAGUUUCUUCAAUAUAUAUAUUAGAAACAUUACAACGGGGCUCCAGGGGCUCCAGUGUGAGUUCAAACCAAAGUGCCAGAUGGUAUCAGUUGGUCACACCAGUGCAAGAAACCCUCCCCAACCCUCCCUCGCCCCACCUAAAUGAUCGCUUUCAGUUCUGUAGUACGUUUUAAUA